ACAAUGCAGCCUUACCACACACUCUCUCGGGUCCUCCCUUUCCCGGAUGCGAACCAGAAGGCCUGGUGGGAUAAGUUGGGUCCCAUGCUUUUGAAGGCUAUGCAAAGUCAAGGGUAUGAUACUGAAGCCCAAUACGCUCAGCUAGGCAUGGUCUACAAAUGUGUCCUGCCGUACCUCGGAGAAUUCCCAACCGUCGAAAAUGAUGCUACCCGCUGGAAGAGCUUCCUGUGCCCAUACGGUAUCCCCAUUGAGCCAAGCCUGAACAUCUCCCAAGGCAUUCUCCGCUACGCAUUUGAGCCUAUUGGCCCCGAUGUCGGUACUGAAAAGGAUCCCCAGAACAUGAACAUCAUCCAAGACUGCUUGAAGGGGUUAACGCAGCAUGAUGACCGAAUCGACACUACUUUGCAUGCCGAGUUUUCCUCACGGUUAUUGCUCACCGAAGAGGAGUCGCGGCAGUUUGCUACCACAGGACAGUUCAACUUCGGGCCUGGACAAGGCAUGCAUGGAUUCGCCGUAGACCUGAAAGGCUCACGACCCAUGUUCAAAGGGUACUUUUGCGCUGGCAUCAAGUCAGUCGUGACGGGAAUUCCGACUGGAAAGUUGAUGCUCGACGCAGUCCGGGAGGUCGACACAGAAGGCAGAAUUACUCAGCCUUUGGACAAGUUGGAGGAAUACUCUGCCAAUGGCAUAGGGAAAUUGAUGUUAUGCUUCAUGAGCGUUGACAUGGUCAAUCCGCACGAUGCCCGCAUUAAGAUGUAUGGCCUUCAACAGGAGGUUUCGCGCGAGGGAAUCGUGGAUCUCUGGACGUUGGGUGGCCGUGUCAAUACCCCGACAAACCAAGAGGGCCUAGAGCUGCUUCUGGAGUUAUGGGACUUGCUGCAAAUCCCUGCUGGACCGCGAUCUGUCGCGAUCAGUCACUGCUCAGUGGGCCAACCGCCCGAGUACAUGUUGCCUACCUUGGUCAACUGGACGUUGCUGCCAGGCCACUCAGAUCCCAUGCCUCAGGUCUAUUUGGUGCCAUUUGGCCUGCCGGAUUCGCACAUUUCAGACUGCUUAGUUACGUUUUUCGAGAGGCGUGGAUGGACGGACCUGGCGAGGGACUACAAGAAAAACCUAGCAUCGUAUUUCCCGGAUAUCGACUUCACACAGUCCCGCCAUGUUCAGGAGGCCAUUUCGUUUUCAUUCCGGAAAGGCAAGCCAUACCUGAGCAUCUACAUGUCAUUGUUUUAG